GGCUUUAACCCUGAAAGCAACGAGCAUAUGUGUUCCCUAUACCGGAAGCCCAGGUUCCCUCCCUUAUCUCCCCAUUGGCUGGGUGCUGCAAGGUUUCCCCCCCCCCCUUACACUUAUCCAGCGGAGAUAUCCUGCCUCCCACGCGGGGGCUCCCAUUCCCGCCCCCGCUGCCCAGGGUCGCUGCCAGCGUCGCCAGGAUUUCGGGAAGCUACAACUUGCCCUGGCUUCUGCAGUCCUCAAGAAAUUGAACCUGCAAACCUGGUCAGAAUGGACGGAGGAAGAUGGACAGCUGACCUGGUCAAACUGUCUCCCGCAUCCCUCCCUACAACCUCUAAGCAUCCCCUCCCGGGCCCCUUGGAGAAAUCUGGAAGCUACAACUUGCCCUGGCUUCUGCAGUCCUCAAGAAAUUGAACCUGCAAACCUGGUCAGAAUGGACGGAGGAAGAUGGACAGCUGACCUGGUCAAACUGUCUCCCGCAUCCCUCCCUACAACCUCUAAGCAUCCCCUCCCGGGCCCCUUGGAGAAAUCUGGUGAAGAAGAUGAUGGUCAGGAUUCCAUGGAGCCAUCUGUGAAUCCAUUGGAAACAGCAAAGAAACAGUUUGAAUGCAUGGAGUGUGGAAAGAGCUUCAGUCUAUAUGGAGGCCUUAGAAUACAUCAACGAACUCACACGGGGGAGAAACCCUUUGAAUGUAUGGAGUGUGGAAAGAGCUUCUCUGAGAGUGGAACACUUAGAAAACAUCAACGAACUCACACGGGGGAGAAACCAUUUCAAUGUAUGGAGUGUGGAAAGAACUUCAGUCAAAGUGGAGCCCUUAGAAGACAUCAACAAACUCACACGGGGGAGAAACCAUUUAAAUGUACUGAAGGUGGAAAGAACUUCUUUCAAAGUGAAACGCUUAGAAAAGAUCAACGAACUCACACGGGGGAGAAACCAUUUGAAUGCAUCGAAUGUGGAAAGAGCUUCAGUCGUAGUGCAGACCUUAGAGUACAUCAACGAACUCACACAGGGGAGAAACCCUUUAAAUGUAAGGAGUGUGGAAAGGGCUUCAGUCAAAGUGGAGCCCUUAGCAGACAUCAACUAACUCACACGGGGGAGAAACCAUUUAAAUGUACUGAAGGUGGAAAGAACUUCUUUCAAAGUGAAACGCUUAGAAAAGAUCAACGAACUCACACGGGGGAGAAACCAUUUGAAUGCAUCGAAUGUGGAAAGAGCUUCAGUCGUAGUGCAGACCUUAGAGUACAUCAACGAACUCACACAGGGGAGAAACCCUUUAAAUGUAAGGAGUGUGGAAAGGGCUUCAGUCAAAGUGGAGCCCUUAGCAGACAUCAACGAACUCACACGGGGGAGAAACCAUUUAAAUGCAUUGAAUGUGGAAAGAACUUCAGUGAAAGUGGAGCCCUUAGAAUACAUCAAAGAACUCACACGGGGGAGAAACCAUUUAAAUGCAUUGAAUGUGGAAAGAACUUCACUGAAAGUGGAGCCCUUAGAAAACAUCAACGAAUUCACACGGGGGAGAAACCAUAUAAAUGUACUGAAGGUGGAAAGAACUUCUUUCAAAGUGAAACGCUUAGAAAAGAUCAACGAACUCACACGGGGGAGAAACCAUUUAAAUGCAUUGAAUGUGGUAAGAGCUUCAGUCGAAGUGGAGCCCUUAGAAGACACCAACGAAAUCACACGGGGGAGAAACCAUUUAAAUGUACUGAAUGUGGAAAGAACUUCACUGAAAGUGGAGCCCUUAGAAAACACCAACGAACUCACACGGGGGAGAAACCAUAUAAAUGCAUUGAAUGUGGAAGGAGCUUCAGUCGAAGUGGAGCCCUUAGAAGACACCAACGAACUCACAUGGGGGAGAAACCAUUUAAAUGCAUUGAAUGUGGAAAGAACUUCAGUCGAAGUGGAAACCUUAGAAAACAUCAACAAACUCACACGGGGGAGAAACCAUUUAAAUGCAUUGAAUGUGGAAAGAACUUCAUUGAUAGUGGAGCCCUUAGAAUACAUCAAAGAACUCACACGGGGGAGAAACCAUAUAAAUGCAUUGAAUGUGGAAAGAACUUCAUUGAAAGUGGAGCCCUUAGAAAACAUCAACGAAUUCACACGGGGGAGAAACCAUAUAAAUGCAUUGAAUGUGGAAAGAACUUCACUGAAAGUGGAGGCCUUAGAAGACAUCAACGAACUCACACGGGGGAGAAACCAUUUAAAUGCAUUGAAUGUGGAAAGGGCUUCAGUCAACGUGAUACACUUAUAAGACAUCAACGAACUCAUAUGGGGGAGAAACCAUUUAAAUGUAUUGAAGGUGGAAAGAACUUCAGUGAAAGUGGAACAAUUAGAAAGCAUCAACGAACUCACACGGGGCAGAAACCAUAUGAAUGCAUUGAAUGUGGAAGGAGCUUCAGUCAAAUUGGAGCACUUAUAAUACAUCAACGAACUCACACAGGGGAGAAACCAUUUAAAUGCAUUGAAUGUGGGAAGAGCUUCAGUCGUAGUGGACACCUUAGAAUACAUCAACGAACCCACACAGGGGAGAAACCCUUUAAAUGUAAGGAGUGUGGAAAGAGCUUUAGUCAAAGUGGAAACCUUAGAAAACAUCAACAAACUCACACGGGGGAGAAACCAUUUAAAUGUAUUGAAGGUGGAAAGAACUUCAGUGAAAGUGGAACAAUUAGAAAACAUCGACGAACUCACACGGGGCAGAAACCAUAUGAAUGCAUUGAAUGUGGACAGAGCUUCAGACAAAUUGGAGCACUUAUAACACAUCAACGAACUCACACAGGGGAGAAACCAUUUAAAUGUAUUGAAUGUGGAAAUGGCUUCCGUCUAAAUGCUCACCUUAGAAGCCAUCAACGAACUCACACGGGGGAGAAACCAUUUAAAUGCAUUGAAUGUGGAAAGUUCUUUAGUCAAAGUGGAGCACUUAGAAUCCAUCAACGAACUCACAUGGGGCAGAAACCAUUUGAAUGCAUCGAAUGUGGAAGGAGCUUCAGUUGUACUGGAGCACUUAGAUAUCAUCAACGAAUUCACACAGGGGAGAAACCAUUUAAAUGUAUAGAGUGUGGAGAAAGCUUCUUUUACAAUGGAAGACUUAGGAUGCAUCAGCGAACUCACACGGGGGAGAAACCAUUUAAAUGCAUUGAAUGUGGAAGGAGCUUCAGUCAAAAUGGAGCACUUAGAAAACAUCAACGAACUCACACGGGGGAGAAACCAUUUAAAUGUGUUGAAUGUGGAACGAGCUUCAGUCAAAAUGGAACACUUAGAAGACAUCAACGAACUCACACGGGGCAGAAACCAUUUGAAUGCAUUGAAUGUGGAAAGAGCUUCAGUCAGAUUUCAGCACUUAGAGUACAUCAACGAACUCACAUGCAGCAGAAACCAUAUAAAUGCAUUGAAUGUGGAAAGAACUUCACUGAAAGUGGAGCCCUUAGAAGACAUCAACGAACUCACACGGGGGAGAAACCAUUUAAAUGUUUUGAAUGUGGAAAAAACUUCAGUGUAAGUGACACACUUAGAAAACAUCAACGAACUCACACGGGGGAGAAACCAUUUCAAUGUUUGGAGUGUGGAAAGAACUUCAGCCAAAGUGGACACCUUAGGAAACAUCAGCUAACUCACACAGGAAGAGAACCACAGAUGUAGGGAAUGUGGAAAGAGCAUGAGGGAGUGGAGACCUUCAUAUUCAUAAGCGCAUUCACUGGUGAAAAAGCCUUAUAAAUGUAUGCAGGGUUCCACUCAAGGCUUACUCUUACAAGAAACUCAUAAAGGGGGAAAUAAAUUUUAAAUACAUGGAACCCCUGUGAUGUUCUGGUGUUUGUAUUCAAAUUUGUAUACACAUAUAUAUGUAUUAAAGUAAUGAAGGUCACAUAUACUAAAUGUAGAAAAGAAGUUGCAAGUUGUUGCUAGAUAAACGGGGCGAGAGUGUGAAUCUGGAA